UUCUCAACAACGAUUACUAACUUAUCUAACCGCCUAUCUAUCUUGUUUUUAAAUUCUGGUGGCUCCUUCUUGUCCCGCUGGGAACGUAUAUAUAGCUAGUUUAGUGCGACCCACGCAUUCGGAACAGCUAUAGUCCCAUCUUGAGAGACUGCUUCUCUCGGAUUGCUCUGUCUUCCUGGGACCAACACAAAUAGUCGGAACCUAUCGCUCCCCAGUCUUCAUCGAUUCCUGUUCCUUAUGAUUGCUGCUCUUUCACUCACAGAGACUAUCAAGCUGGCUACGAGUCGGUUCGCAGAAUGAGCCCUACUCCGGAACCCCCGCAGACGAAGAAACGCGAAUCGCGUGCCGGGGCACGAAAAGUGACGUCGCUCUCUGCCGAACAACUGGAAAGAAAACGUGCCAAUGAUCGUGAGGCUCAGAGAACCAUUCGUCAGCGGACAAGGGAGCACAUUGAGCGUCUAGAGCAUCAGGUCGCUGAGCUGAAGGUCAAAGGGGACCGCUUUGACGAAAUAGUCCGAAGGAAUACGGCAAUGGAGAUGGAGAUUCGGUCCUUGAGACACCAGUUAGCCAUGGUGACAAGCAGGCAGGGACACCCAGGCCUGGAAGGCUCAUACAGCACCCCUUCUGGGUCCAUGCUACCUUCGCCUCACCUCCCGGACUCCCUGGGCUUGAAUCCAGCUUCGAGGGCGCCUUCCGUACUCUCAACGUCAAGUCGAACAUCCAUCGCGCCUGAGUGGCAGUCUUACGGCUCAACUCGGACAUCUUCCGUGGGGGAACCUUCGGACACAAACUAUGGUGCCAGGCUCGAACCUUAUAUCUACGAGAGUCAAAUGCAAGCAACCAAUCCGCUACCGGUCGCUUCAGCCCAUAUUAGUUACAAUCCUUCUGUUUGUGCACAGCCAGCUCAGCCUCCUGACUCGGGCUUUCAGUCUUAUCCACAAACCUACCACCCCGAAGCUAUUCGUGGGUUUGGUCACGAGAGCUCACAUAACCAACAAUCAUUACCCUCUGCUUCAGGUCAACGGUCCAUGUCGGUGCCCGCUAAUUCUUCGGAAAGAGAAGCAUCAGGAUAUCCUGUUGUGCACGCACCACAGCAAUAUCAUGAGCCUACCUUCCCUUCACACCCGGCACAACCGAGAAAUGAGUAUUCUUACGACUGGACUCAUCAUCAAUCUUGAUUCCCAAGGCAUAUAAAGGAGCUCGAGAUAUUGAGAGUUCAGCAUGACCUAAUCCAUGGCGAGCGACGACGUUAUUCGUCUUCAACUGGGCCUCAGCGCAUGACGCAGGUUGUUUCGGACAAGAGAUUCUCCGAUUUUGGCGUCCAUUUUGGCGUC